UCACUGUUCUCUUUUUAUCUUCCCAGCCCGGGGGAUCAGGAAACUCCCAGGAUAUCGAAAGAGAAUUUCCGUGAGUCAGGGCGAUGGAACCUCUCAGGGAGAGGAUCAAACGGCUCUUGACAUUCGCCACAGGGCUGUUUGAGUGCAUCUGCUUCGCUGGCGUGCUCUUCGGCUGGGCAUCCCUCGUCUUCGUGCUGAAGAAGGAGAAAUAUUUCGCCGACCUCUGUGACCCUGUGCAGAACAUCAGCCACCACGGAGUGGAAAAUGGCACCAUGCACUGUGAUCCCCAGGAUGAACGCUUCACCCUCCUCUUCACUCUGGGAGCCUUCAUGAACAAUUUUGUGACACUGCCAUGUGGCUUCAUGUUCGACCGGUUCGGUACCAUGGCAACCCGCUUUUUCGGCAUAUUCCUAUACACCACAGCCACCCUGAUGAUCGCCUUCUCGCAUGCUGAUACUGCAGUGCUGCUGUUUCCUGCUAUCUGUCUGCUUGCAGUGGGCGGAAUCCUAUUCCUUUUGACAAAUAUACAGGUUGGAAACUUGUUUGGCAGGCGACGGUCCACAGUGAUCACUCUGUACAACGGAGCGUUUGACUCCUCAUCAGUCGUGUUCCUGGUGGUUAAGGUUAUAUAUGAGGCUGGGAUAUCUUUAAGGAACGUAUUCCUGUUCAUUAGCUGUCUUAGCUCGAUCCACAUUGCGCGGACCUACGUGCUACUCCCACGGUCACACAUUCCCUACCCUCUGCCAGACGGCUACACUUAUGGGAUGCAAUGUGAGGGCUCUGGCAUACUUACGUUCCGCCAAGCUGUGGAAACUUCGAGCCGGGUCGAAUCUCCCAAAGAAGGAGAAGGAACCGAGGGAGAGAAGGAUGAGCAGAGAGACGAGACGGAAGGAGGCACGGCUGAGGGGCAGGAGGUGCCCGAGGCCACUGAGGGUGCGAGUCUCCUGCACCCCAGCCCGAAAGGCCCGGAGGCGAGUGAGGAGGCCAUCCCAUCCUUCAAGAGCUGCGUCUUCUCGAGGCUGUUCCUCACCCACCUGCUCUGGCUGUCGAUCGUGCAGCUCCGGAAUUACCUGUUCAUCGGCACGCUCAACCCCUUGCUGACCCUGCUGGCCCGCAAUGACACCCAGCUAAUCAGCACAUACACAAAUGCCUUCGCCUUCACUCAGUUUUUGGGGGUCUUCUGUGCUCCCUGGAAUGGGCUGCUCCUGGACCGGCACAAACGAAAAGCCAAGCCAACUGAAACUGCUAACUCAGGUUCCCUUGCCCUGCAGCGACUGGCAGACUUGAAGGCGACGGUGCUGUCCCUCACCAUCACUGUCACACAGUGCGUCCUGUUCUCUCUCUCUGCUGCCAUUCCUGUCCUGCCUGUGCAGUACCUCACUUUCAUCCUGCAAGUCAUCAAUCGCGCCUUCCUGUAUGGGGGCCAUGCUUCGUUCGUUGCCAUCGGGUUCCCUUCCUGCCACUUUGGGAAGGUCUUUGGUACAUUGAUGGCCCUCUCUGCAGUCUUCUCUCUGCUCCAGUAUCCCUGCUUUGCUCUGGUCAAGGGACCCUUGCAGGACGACCCAAUGUAUGUGAGUAUCAGAGAGUUCUGA